CCGAAGCCAAGCAAAAUGAAACCAAUUUUUAACUGUGUUUUGGCUAAUAAGGCGUCAUAUUUUUGACUAUUUUUGCUGUGUUUCGGUAAAAAAAAAAAUCCGACACCGUCCCGGGUCCUCUUGGUCGUCUCAGCAGCAGUUUAUCAUCACAGCCGUUUAUAUCUAUAAAGCAUCUGAAACAUCAUAGUGAAGAUGGCGACUGGGUCGGGUUGGCAGCAGUAUUACUGCCCUGCCGGUCAGGGGAAAUUUACAACAUCCUCGGGAACCAGCAUGUCUUUUCAGUCCGGCAUCACCAUGGAAUAUACCCAAGACCUGCACCUGAAGAUGAGCAAGAAAAUAGCACAGCUAACAAAGGUUAUCUAUGCUCUGAACACGAAAAACGAUGAACACGAGGCUGCCAUCGCCACUCUGAAGGAGGCCCAUGAAGAGGAGGUGCAGCAGAUUCUGUCCGAGACCAGGGAGAAGAUACUACAGUACAAGAGUAAGAUCAGCGAUGAGAUGGACCUAAAGAGGCGGAUCCAGUCUCUGGAGGAGUCCAUGGAGCUCCACGAGAGGAUGAAGAGGCAGGCGCUGGCCGAGUUUGAGAGCUACCGUCAGAGGGUGGAGGACAUGCAGCUCUGCACUGAGGCUCAGCACACACAGCGGGUGGUGUCCAUGUCCAGGGAGGUGGAGGAGAUGCGGCGGUCCUUCGAGGAAAAGCUGCGUACGUUCAGCUCAGCCCAGAACCAGUUUGAGCAGGAGAAGAAGGUUGCCCUGGAGGAGCUGAAGGCCCAGCACAGACAGGAGAUCCAGGAGCUCCUCCGCAGCCACCAGAGCCAGAACGCAAACUACAGUAAAGACCAGGAGAAACUGGGACAGCUGCAUAAAGCUGAGGUUGAUUCUCUUAUGGAGCGUGUGGAGGAGCUCAAACAGGACAAGAAGAGGCUGGUGGAGGAGUAUGAAGCCAAACUCAGCAAGGCUCAGGCCUUUUACGAGCGCGAGCUGGAAGCCAUGAAGAGAACUCAGCAGCUGACUGCAGACAACCUCUUGGCGUGGAAACGCACCGAGGCUGAGCUGCGGCGGGAGUUCCAGACUCAGGAGGCGGCUCUGCAGAAAACUCUCGGAAAACUGAGAGCCGAGCUGGCCAGGGUAACGGACGAGGCUCGGGAAAACCGGGAAAAGUCCCAUAAACUUCAAUCUUCUCUCAACAGCGCUGAGAGAGACAUCAAGGAUUUAACCAAGCAGCUGGACGAAGUGACCCAGAACUCUGAAAUAGUGGAGAUCCGUCAGAAGGAAGCCGAGUGUGAACUGGAGGCAGCCAGGGACCGAGUUCAGCAGCAAGCUACUGAAAUACUGCUCAAAGCUAGUCAGAUCAGCAGCCUGCAGGCCACCCAGAUGACCCAGGAAGCCGCCAUCAGGGACCUGGAGAGCGAGCGGAGCCGGCUGAAGGACAAAGUGCUGAGGAUGGAGGAAGAGAGAGAGGCAUUGCUGAACCAGAGCCAGGCGGUGGAUGAGAGACAGAAACAGCAGAUCCAGUCGCUGGAGAAGACCCUGCAAGAGGAGAAGACGUCCCACGAGAAGGACAUGAAUGGCAUGCGAGCUCGAUCCGAAGAGGAGGCCAAUCAGAUGAAGGAAAGCCAGGCUCGAGCUCUGGAGGAAGUCACCAAGAAACACAGAGUGAGCCUGGAGAACGCUCUAAAAGAAGCAGAAAAGAACAAGAACCGCCUGCUGGUUGAGCUGGAGCAGCAGUUCGAGAGGGAGCGCCUCUCGCUGGAGGAGCAGAAGACUCUUCUCAGGCAGCAGCUGGACGAGCUGAGGGAGGAGCUGACCGCCAAACUCACCGCUGCCAAUGAGGAGGUGACUCGGCUGCAGCAGGAGGUGCAGCAGGGCGAGCAGGACAUCGGGACAGCUGAAGGGCAGAUCUCCACUCUGAAGGAGGCGCAGGACAAACUGCUGGAGGAGCUGGACGCCACCAGGGCCCGACUGAGAGAAACCAGCAACCUGCUGACUGCACUGCAGGGAGAGCUUGAGACCCAAAAGCGACAGCAUGAAGCCAAACUCAUCACCACCAAAGAAGAAGAAAAACUCAAAAUGGACAAGAUGGCUCUGGAGCUGGAGCUGAAAUGGACUGAAACACUCAGGCAGGAGUGUAAGAAGCUACGUGAGGAGCUGAGGGAGAACCAUGAGGAGGACAAGGCCGCAGCGCUGGCUCAGCUGACACAAAGUAAGGAACAGGAACUGAGCAGCGCCAGGGAGAGCUGGCAGAGGAAAGUGGAGGACCUGCUGGAACAGAUCUCCCUGUUGAAGCAGAGUCUGGAGAUGCAGCUGUCCCAGUCGCAGUCGUCGCUGCAGCAGCUGCAGCACCAGUUCAGCCAAGAGAGGGAGCACCUGAGGAUGCAGCUGGACGAGCUGCAGACGGAGCACCAGAGGCGACAGCAGCGUCUGCAGGAGGUCCACUGCUGUGCCAUGCAGGACAUGGAGCACGCCAGGCAGAGGGACCUGAAGGAGCUGGAGGAGCGUCUGCGCCAUCAUCACCAUGCAGAGCUGCAGUCUCUCAGAGAGGCUCACCGCCAGAGCAUUGAGACGCUCAAACAACAGUCAGAGCAGGAGCUGCAAACGCUCCGCUUUGAGCUGGAGGACGAGGGCAAAGCCAUGCUGGCCUCUCUGCGAUCAGAGUUGAACCACAUCCACGCAUCAGCCAUCGAACACCUGAGACAAACCCACCAACAGGAAUCAGCCGCUGCAAAGGCAGAGCUGGAGAAAACACUGGAGAACAACCGGAUACAGGAGCGUGAGCUGUUGGGCCGGAUCACCGAGCUGCAGGAGGAGGUGUCCAGGAGGAAGAACCACAUCGCUCAGCUGGACCACCAGAUCCACACGCUCAACGAGAACAUCAGCACUCUGACUAAAGAGCUGGAGCAGAAAGGAAAAGAGGUGCUGAAGAUCCGCAGUGAAGCCAAUCAGCAGAUCAGAGCUCAUGAACAAGAACUGUUGAAGAGGCACGAGAGGGAGCUUGGCGAGCUGAGCGCCGCUCACAGCAGAGAGACGCAGAACAUGCUGUCAGACUUCAACAAAGCCCAAGAAGUGCUCAAAGACAAGAUCUCCGCCCUUCAGAUUCUGCUGGAAGGAACCGAGGAGAAGUUCAGGAACAGGGAGAGUCGUCCUGAAGAUCUGCAGCUCAUCGCCGAGCUGAAGGACAUGGUGUCAGAGAGAGAAUCUCUAGUCAAGAAACUGGUGGAUGAUAAAAAGUUCUACCAGCUGGAGCUUGUCAACAGGGAGACCAACUUCAACAAAGUGUUCAACGCCAGUCCUAAUGUAGGAGUUAUCAACCCGCUCAUCAAGCAAAAGAGAAAGAAUGAGAAAACAGCAGCCAGCAGAUUCAGCAGCUCUUCUAAUGUCAGGGCUCUGGAGGCAGCAGGUAGGGGCGUGGGCGUGGCAGGUUCAGGAAGUGGGCAGCCCCCACAGCCCCCACCUCCGCCCCCAGUCCAGCCCAGCCGCCUAGAACCCAUCCCCAACUCCCCCAUCCACCACCUUGAACUCAACUCCAACAAACCUCUUCCCCCGCCGACCCCUCCCACCGAACCCAAGAAAUUCAUGAGCCCUCCUGAAACUAAGGACUCUGCCAUCGACUCCCCAGACGCUCAGCGCCAGGAGUGGUUCGCUCAAUACUUUUCCUUUUGAUUGACCACAAACCUGCAAAACACAAGGAUUCAGCAUGUCAACCAAACUUAAGAAAAAAAAACUAAGAAAAAAAAACUGAAAAAAAGAGAAAAAUGUUAAAACUCUUUGUUCUUUCUUGUCAUUGAGAGGUUUGGGGAUCAAUUCACUUUAGAUUCAGUCAGCUGGAGACGCCAUUCAUGCUCUGAGAGAUUAAGUCUCGUUGAUGUGUCGAUGAAGCGCACACAAAUCGAUGUCAUUCACUUUGUUUGAACAAAAAAGAUGAUCCACUUGUUGUUGUUGACUGAGAUGAAACUGAAUUGAACCUGAUCCUGACGUCAAAUGUCAUCACUCUGAUCUGAUUUGAUUGUUUGAUUCUUGAUUGUUUCACUGCGAUCUGGACGUGACAGUGACAAUGAUCAUCAGUCUGUUCGAUGUUUCUUUUCUUUCUUUACUUCCUGACUUAUUUUGCAGUUUCUUGGAACUAGAAAAAAGCCGAGUGGUGCAUUCUCAUGCUGCUAAAUGCCAUUGUUGGACUCCAGUAAGAAUCUAUAUAUAAAGAAAUAUACGGUAGGUUAUUGUGCUCUCUCUCUCUGUACGUGGGCCCACUGCAUACAGCAUCUUUAGGCUAUAGGAGUGCUGAUCCAGGACCAGUCUGCCUCCUGGUUUCUGGUGACGUUUUCCACUCUGACCCGAUCCCGGGUCAGCCUCACCUCUCCGACGUGCUCCAUGAAGACAGGCUCGGAUUUUAGGACGGCACCAUCAUGGCCAGUUUGUUACAGCUGCAUAGAAGUUUCAGCAGAUUUUGGUAGAAUAUUAAAACC